AUGGAAGACAAAUUGUUAACUCAACUAUCAAACGAUUAUAUAAAACUUUUUAAAACAGGAGAAUAUUACGAUGUUAUUUUGCGUGCUGGCCAAGAACCGAAUUGUAAAGAAUUUCGAGUGCAUUCACUUGUUUUACGCACAAGGUCAGCAUAUUUUCGUAGUGCAUUGUCAAGUAAUUGGGUGCAAACUCAAGGAAAUGUAAUGUUAUUUUCUAAACCUAAUGUUUCACCUGAAGUAUUUGAAAUUAUUCUCAACUUUUUGUACGGUGGUACAGUUUGCUUGGCAGAACAUGAUGCAAGAGUAAUCCUUGACGUACUAAAAGCCACGGACGAGUUUUGCUUAUCUGACUUAUCAGAGUAUAUUCAGAAUUACCUUCUUACCCAUCCUUGGAGAUUAAUGUCGCAUUUCGUUUUUGUCCACCGAUUUGCUGCCGAACAAAGCGAACGUUACUUGAAAAUACGAAAUUCAUUGGAUUACGUGGAUAAUGAGCUAUAUGAAAAAUCUAUUCAAUUAGUUAGUGAUAAAAACAGACCAAAAAAAAAAGAUAUUAACUCAAUUCUUAUUACGGCAUAUGAUGCAGAAAUGAUUUCGAUGUGGAUUAAAAAUGUUUCUUCAUUACCUGAAAACUGCAAACAUGACUUUAAAUUAAUUUUACGUGGAUCACAAGAUGGUUUUACACCUAAAAAAUUUCAUGAUCAUUGUGAUGGAAAAGGCCCUACACUUACAGUUUUAAGAGAAAAACAAUCUGGAGAAAUACUUGGAGGAUAUAACCCUUUAAAUUGGUAUUCAAUGGUGGCCGGUAGUUACAGUCCAACAAGUUCAAGUUUUAUUUUUUCAUUAGGAGAUAAAGUUUUUAAUUUUGAUCGAGUGUUAAGCAAAAUUGUUGAUCGAAACAAAGCUAUUUAUCAAAAUGGUAAUUAUGGUCCAUGUUUUGGUGGUGGAGAAUCAGAUUUAAGAUUAUUUGGAAAUGACUUUAAUGAAGAUAUUCGUUGUCGUUGCGUUAAAACCAGUUAUCAAAAUAAAAUAAGAAAUAGCGAAGAUGAGUUUUGUAUUGACGAACUUGAGGUGUUCCAAGUGUCUUCAUCAAUGGAAGAUUAG